AUGGCCUCUAUUGACAAUUUCAAAGAACUUAUGAAAGUCAUCCCUCACCACUAUCGUUUGAAUCUACUAAAGGGUGAGAUUAAAAUUAUGCCAGUCAAAAAGAGGCCAUACUUAUUACACAAAUUGGCGUUUGGUACUCGAAUAACCGCAACCUUGUUGGACGAUUUUUGUAGUAGCCAGGGUGGCUUUACGUUGCCGACAGCUCCUCCAACGGUUUUAUGCCCGGAUGCCUCUGUCGUUCUCAGUACAAGGUGGAAUACUUUGCCUCCCAACGAACAAGAAGAAGCAUUUCCGGCAUUGGCACCGAAUUUCGUAGUAGAGAUGAGCGAUUCGGAAAGUUUUGUUCAUGACAAAAUGUGUACAUGGAUUGACGCAGGAGUCGAAGAAA